AUGGCUAGAAACCCAGAUCUCAAAACCGUCGACAAUUUUGCUUCCACCAUAGAUUCCGAUGAGAAGGUCAUGUCAUCGAGCAAUGGUGGUUCUCAACUUUAUGGUCACGAGGACCACUUUCAUGUUGUUAAUUCAGAUGAGGAAACAUCGACCACAGUAGCUUCCGGAGCCAAGAAGAAAAAGAAGAGAAUCGUGAAAGGCACCGAAAAGGAGCAAAAGGAAAAAGCAAAGACUGAUAUCCCUGCAAUAGAGUCAGCAGUUGAAGGAGAGAAGACUGUUAAUCUUGAGAAGAAGGCCCAACAAGUGGAGGCCAUGGAGCAAGAACUAGCCUCUAUGCAGACUAAGUACAAUGAACUAGACGAGAAGCUCAAGGAAUAUGGUAAUCUGCACAUCUCAGAGGAGGACCUUCACAAGUUGUGUGCUGCUUUCUGGUUCAGAAUGCAAUCUACGGGUGGAGUGGUGACAAUUAUCGAGGAAAUCAACAUGGCUGCCGCGGAGUACAGAGGCCAUGGAGUUGCCGUUGUCGGUCUCAAGAGGCUCAAAAGUGAGAAACCAAUUAAGGGCAAAUGGUUCAAGCAGUUCCUGAAGAAAAUCCCGAAGAAAACCAUGCAUGAAGCACUGGUGAAGGCUCUUACUAAGCUAAGUAUCGAGCAGCUGCUUCUGUGGGAGUCUCUUUGUAGGGCUCUGGCCAAGAUGAGCGUUCCUGGAGAUGUCGGUGGAUUUCCCACCGAUACCCCCACUGUCUUAGCUUGA